AUGAUCGGUUGGACCGCAGAUGACGAUGCGCUCGUCAAGGCGGGCCAAGAGGCCGGGGAGAGCUGGGCCGACAUUGCCAAGCGCCUGCCCGGCCGCAGCGCCGACUCCGUCAAGAGCCGGUCAAAGCGGCUGAAGCGGCAGCCCGACACGUCCGUGAAGCACGAGCCCGUGAAGCGGGAGCUCGUGCGGUGGACUGCAGCGGACGAUGCGCUUGUCAAGGCGGGCCAAGAGGCCGGGGAGAGCUGGGUCGACAUUGCCAAGCGCCUGCCCGGCCGCAGCGCGGAGUCCGUCAAGAGCCGGUCAAACCGGCUGAAGCGGCAGCCCGACACGUCCGUGAAGCACGAGCCCGUGAAGCGGGAGCUCGUGCGGUGGACUGCAGCGGACGAUGCGCUUGUCAAGGCGGGCCAAGAGGCCGGGGAGAGCUGGGUCGACAUUGCCAAGCGCCUGCCCGGCCGCAGCGCCGACUCCGUCAAGAGCCGGUUUGACCGGCUGAAGCGGCAGCCCGACACGUCCGUGAAGCACGAGCCCGUGAAGCGGGAGCUCGUGCGGUGGACUGCAGCGGACGAUGCGCUUCUCAAGGCGGGCCAAGAGGCCGGGGAGAGCUGGGUCGACAUUGCCAAGCGCCUGCCCGGCCGCAGCGCGGAGUCCGUCAAGAGCCGGUCAAACCGGCUGAAGGGGCCGGCCGACAAAAGCGCAGGCGGCGCCGCCGCGCAGGCCAAGUCCAAGAAGGCGCCGCCCAAGAAGGCCGCCCAGGACAGCGCAGGCUGA